UUGCAUGCCAUUUGAAAUAUCAAAUUAAAGUGUGUUCUACACCAUUCAUACAAACAAAUGGGAAGAACACCUUGUUGUGAUAAAGUAGGUCUCAAGAGAGGCAGAUGGACUGAAGAAGAAGAUGAAAUUCUCACUAAAUAUAUUCAGGCUAAUGGCGAAGGAUCUUGGAGAUCACUACCCAAAAAUGCUGGGUUACUGAGAUGUGGAAAGAGUUGCAGACUGAGAUGGAUUAAUUACUUGAAAACUGAUUUAAAGAGAGGUAAUAUAACUCCUGCUGAAGAAGCUAUAAUCAUCAAGUUACGUGCAACUUUGGGUAACAGGUGGUCUGUAAUAGCAGAAUAUUUACCAGGUAGAACAGACAAUGAAAUAAAAAACUAUUGGAAUUCUCGUUUGAGCAGAAAAGUAGAAAGCUUAAGGAUUCCAAGUGAUGAAAAGUUGCCACAAGCUGUUGUUGAAUUAGCCAAAAAAGGAACACAACAACUAAAAAAGCAAAGACGCAGACGAACAAGUCCAUCAUCAAAGUCUAUUGCUUCAAAUUUAUCGAAACCUGAUCAGCCAGUAGCGGAGCCAGAAUUUUUACCAAAUGAGAAUGUAGUUCCUACGCCCUCAACUCCAAAUAUAGAGAAAGAAGCCUCAUCUAGCACCAUAAAUAUUACUACUAGCUUAUGGCAAGAAUAUGAGAAUAAUAUUAUACCAAGUGGGAAUAAUGCCAUAGAGCUAGAUAAUGAUCAAAUGCAGUGGCGUGAUGAUAUUGUGCUAAUAGACGAAGAUGAAGAGCUAGAUCAAGAUUUCAUGCUCAGCUGUUUAUGGAACGGCGAAGGAGAAAAUCUUGAAAUAGUCGAGAAUAACAAUAACAACAGCAAUAAUAAUAUUGAAAAAGUAUUAAGUGAAGAAGGUGGACAUGACAAAAUUAUUGUUAGUGAUGAAACAAAAACAUUUAUGGGGGAUUGGGAAUAUUUGUGGGCAAGUCAUGAAGAAGUAGAGCAAGAGAACAACAUGUCAAAUAAUAAUUACUAUGUUUCAUCUUGGUCGUUGUGGGAUAGUAAUGACAAUGCAGGGCUGCAACAAAACUGCACGAAUAAAGCAAUGAUAGAAAUUGAUCAAAUGCAGAGUGAAGAUCUUCAGCAUAGUGACCUUGUAGCUUGGCUUUUGUCUUAAUUAGGAACUAUUCAAAUUUGUUGUAGUGCAUUUGUUUUCUGGUUUUUUACUAUAAUUAUGUAUAUACGUGUGUAUAUGUGUUAUAGAUCUCAAGUGUUAGGACUAAAACGGCCCAAAAAUAUUACUUAAUAUGGUAUGAUAUUAUUCGCUUUGGACCAAGCCCGCACAGUUUUUCCAUAAGGCCUCAAGCCAUUAACAGCUUGUUUGGAUAGUUGUUACCUAUUGUAUUGUAUCAUAUUGUUAUUUUAAAUACGAUGUUCGUUUUGAUUGUUACUUAAGUUUUGUUCUAUCAUAUCGUUAAAUUCGUUGUUA